AUGUGGCAGGGCAAAUGGCUGGCCCGGCUCUGGCCGCUCCCAGGGCUGACCGCGGCUGCCAGGGUGCUGGACGCGGCCCUGGUGGUGGGCACUGACCAUCUGGCAAACUUCCUGGGGCACCCGUGGGUGCUGUCACACUACCACCUCUGGCUGGCCGCCCUGGUCGUCUUCGGGCCACUGCUGCAGUUCCACAUCAGCCCCCGGAUCAUCUUUGCCAACAGGAACAACUACUUGUAUGUCCGCUUCGUGGACUCAGCCUGGGGCUGGACGCUGCUGCUGUCGGCCGGUUUCUUGCUGCCGUUCUCCGUGCUGAGCCGGGAGAGGGGCCAGGGGGCUCCCUCCCCGCGGCCGCUGCUGCGCCUGGGCUUGGCCAGUGGCCUGCAGCUGGUCUGCCUGCGGGCUUUCGGUCUGCUGCGCGACGCCAGCGGCUCCUGCCUGGCUCUGGCCGAGGGCGGCCUGCUGCUGCUGCCGGAGGCCGAGGCCGGGGCCUGGGGCCAGGCCGCCUGCCUCUCCCAGCCGGGCCGGCAGUGGCGCGGCUACGCUGUCUCGACGCCCUGCUUCCUCCUGAGCUACAGCUCGUUGGUGCUGGCCGAGGAGCUGGCUCCGUUCCGGGCCUACCUGCGGGUGGGCCGCCCAGCACCGGCGCCCGUCCGGGUCCUCUUCCUGCUGGCCGCAGCACUGCUGGGCCUGUGGAGCGGCCUGCUGGUUCUCUCCGCCGCCCUCUUCCACCGCUACUCGGAGAAGCUGGCGGGCGCCGGGGCCGCUCACCUCUGCUGGCGGCUCACCUACCGGCUGUGGUACCCUCGGCGCUGGGGGCCGGGCCCUCCUGGGCAAGAGCUGGAGACCAGGGCAGGGAGGGGCUCAGAGGAGAGGUGCCCUGAGAGCUGGGGACAGGAUGAGUGGUAUCCCGGGGUACAGAGGGUCUCUGGGGACUGGAGUUCUGGAGGGGAGAGGGCCCCCUGGCACUGGGGGCCCAGUGCAGGGAAGGGCCCGGGUGAUAGGGGUCCUGGAGGUGCACGGAUGCAGGGGAUCUGGGGGCCGGGGUCGUGGUCUUUGGGUCCAGGCAGGGACAGGGCCCCUGGGGACUGGGACCCUGGGUCUGAGAGGAUCCCAUGCACCUGGGUUCCCGGAAAGGAAAGGGUCCCAGAGGACCGUGGUCUCAGAGGGGACUGGGGCCUGGGGCCCGGAUACCGACAGGUGGGCCGCAGGUGCGUCUGUGGGGCGGUGCAGAGCAGGUGGGAUCCAGCCUCAGAGACCAUGUGCUUUCGGGAGUGAGGGGAGGGGAGGAGAGGGAACGGGACUGAGGACGAUGGGAUUUUUAACCUUCCCUCCCCCGGGAUCGACAGGCAGCAAAUCCCUGGGAGGGGGGAGAGGAGGCGUGGACCAGGAUCGACCGGCCAGCGUCACAGGGCCCCGGACUUUGACACACAGGAGGCUGCAGAUCUUGGACGAUGGGGCCCAGGAUCUUGACAGCAAUCCGGACACUGGAUCACAGGGGCCCACACAUCAGAACCCAGGGACAUCUGAAAGCCUUUAGCCUCAGACACAACCCCAGAGUCAACUAGAGUCUGGACCACAGGGGUCAUCUGAUCCAAAACGACCCCAGACGUGGGACUGAGAGACCCACAGGAGGCCACAGCCCCAGAGAUCUCGACAGUGGACCCCAGGGAAUGAACUACGCAAACUCCUACACAGGACCCAAGAUCCCUGAUUCUCAACGACCAGCCAGGACAGCGGACUGCACCCGUUCCAAUGCCUCCCUCGCCCAGACGGAAUAGACAAGGAGGUGGAUCCAGAGCAAAUAUCGGUUCCCCACCGGCCCGGCAGAACCGAAGCAUGCAAUGUACCGAAAUUAAAGCUGGCAUCCACCCGUUACUGCCUGGUGUUUGUGCUGGGGCGUGGGAAGAUCUACAGCUGAGGGCGGGGAGGGUUGUUGAGAGAGCGACGGGGUGGUUAUUGAGGGAGAGAGGGAGUGUUCCUGUGGGCAAGGUGGUUGUUGAGAGAGAGGGAGGGGAAUAGUGGGUGAGAGGGUUGUCGAGGGA